AUACUUAGACCUCUUACAUGUGGUGCAGUCUGUGCUGCAGCGCUGACCCUUCAGGGAAUAGUUGGCCACCUUAUGAGUGAUGGAUAACAUCUAUGCCAAUGUUGACUAUGACAAGUCUGUUGACCCAACACAUUCGACAAAUCAGACGGGUCCCAGGAGCUCAGAGAGGAGAUUUCAUGGAGUUUUCUGUCUGGGGCUGCUGACUAUUUUCCUGCUGGCUGGGCUCAUCAGCCUCGGUGUCCACUACCAUGUGUCAUUACGUGGAUCAGCUGCAGAUCUCUCCUCUAUCAAAGCCAACCUGACUGAGCGUCUCCAGGCCAGUGAUGACUUGGACAGGCUUAAACGGAAGCUCUCCUCUAUCAAAGCCAACCUGACUGAGCGUCUCCAGGCCAGUGAUAACAAGUCUUCUUCCCUGACUGAAGAGAGAGACCGGCUGAACUCCAGCCUCACUGAAAUGACUAAAGAGUUGGACCGGCUUAAACAGAAGAAAAUGUGUCCAGCAGGAUGGAGGAUGUUCAGUUCUUCCUUUUAUCUCCUCUCUGCUGAGAAAGGUUCCUGGGAGAAAGGCAGACAAGACUGCAGAGAGAGAGGAGCAGAUCUAGUGGUGAUAGAAAGCUCUGAAGAGCAGACGUUUCUCUCUGAAUUCAUCAAAAAAGAUACUCUGUAUUGGAUUGGUCUGACUGACAGAGAUGAGGAGGGGACCUGGAAAUGGGUAGAUGGAACGCCACUGACUCUGAAGAACUGGAGGACAGAGCAGCCUGAUAAUGGCCUUGGAGAUCCACAGUGGGGCGAAGAGGACUGUGCACAUAUUGGACCUUACACCGCUGAGUGGAAUGACAUGUCAUGUGAAAAAGUUAUGUACUGGAUCUGUGAGAAAAAAGCUUAACAUUGGUGUAUGUUUUGAGAUCAUACAUUUGAUAAUGCUUUUUACAGUGUAAGCUAUGAUCUCCGUCAUGAUGAGAUGAUGUGCAUGUGUGCUUGUGUGUCAAUAGGGUAUCAGUGAACACAAAAUACUGGGACUAAUAUGUAUAUAUAAAAUGCCUGAUUAAUCUAUAUAUAAUAUAAUCUGCAAUGUAAACAAUUCCUCUUCAGUCUAGUGUGUGUCACCCGGGUGUACAUGAGAACUGUUGUUUGCAAUCAAUAAAUAAUCCUUUAAAAUCAGAGACAAA